AUGGAGGAGAGAGAUCGAUUUGUGACGACGCAACUGGAACUUGUGGAGACGUUGAAGGCGCUGUGCGCUACGAUCGGCGCCACUCCUCGUGACAGCUGGUCCUUGGGCACAGGCCAGGCCCAUUACGAGCUCCUCGAAUCGUACUGGAACGAUUUUCAACGCAACCAUGUGGCCCUCUGGGACGCCGAUCCUCUCCACUACAAUCGCCCCGUGAUUUAUGCUGAGGUCGAAGGGAGCUACACGACGGCAAAGGGCCAACUGUAUGACAUUCAACAGCGUCUGCUCUCUGUUGACCGCCACUCCGCCACUGUCGCCCUGAGCCAAGGGGCGCCGCUCUCUACGCAAUCGUACCAACGAUUGCCUCAAAUCAACGUCCCGGAGUUUUCCGGUCGACGAGAAGACUGGGAAGGCUUUCGCGACCUCUUCACUGCGCUCAUUCAUCAGAAUCAUCACCUCACCGAUGUUGAGCGCCUGUUUUAUCUGAAGACGCUGGUCAAGGGCGAGGCUAAGGCUGCACUCGAGUCACUCCAAGUGAUGGGGAGCAACUACGAGACGGCAUGGGCGCUACUGGAAAGUCGAUAUGACAACCGUCGGCUCCUGGUACACGAUCAUCUGGUGGCGUUGCGUGCCCUCAAGCCUCUUCGCGACGCAUCCGUACGCUCGCUCCAGGGACUUAUUGACACACUUAGUCGACAUCGAGACCAACUACGCAGUCUGGAAUGCCCGAUCAACUCUUGGGACGAUUGGUUCGUCUCCAUUGCAGCCUCCUGUAUGGAUCUGUCAACGCGACAAGCUUGGGAAGCCGAACUCGAGCGCCUCGACGCUGUGGAGCAGAGCGACACCGAGGUUCCUCCUGGUCGACGCCUUCCGUCGUUCGCAGACCUCAACGUGUUUCUCAAUGGACGCUGUCGCAUGGCCGUGGCCUGCUCUUCAACGGGUGCCUCAGGCGUCAGACUGUCCGGCCAAGCCGGAGGCGAUCGCCCAGCACGAUCGUUCGUCACUCGCCAGGUCGCUGCUAGCUGCCCUCAAUGCAAUGGUGACCACUACGUUGGUCACUGCUCUUCAUUCACCAGCCUUGAGCCAAAGGAAAGGAAAAGCGUAGUGCUGCGGCUCCAUUUAUGCUUCAAUUGCCUGCGGCCUGGACAUUCAGCGAGAAUCUGCCCGUCGAGAUCAACAUGCCAGCUGUGUAAUGCCACCCACCACACUCUAUUGCACGAGGGAGGCGCCAAGCACAGUGCCUCAGCUAAUGACUCUGAUCCUCCAGCGAAGACACCGAGAUUGACCCUCGUGACUUGGGGAGGGAAAUGCACCCCUGACCCUAGUAGCCGCAGUGCCAACAACGUAUCUGCUCUGCCAAUAUUGCUACCCACUGCGCUCGUGCGCAUCAGCGGCCCGCAUCGACAUACCAUCAUGGUGCGUUGUCUCUUAGAUAAUUGCUCGGAGGUAUCUCUCAUCGCCCAUUCUCUUGCAUCGAAGCUACAGGCCCCGGUACAGGAGGUCACCACGGAUAUCACCGUCAUCGGCGGCGACGUCGCCCAGCGGUCACAACGCCGAGUCAGCCUCAACCUUCAUUUGCCUGGUCAAAGGACGCCCAUCAUCAUCGAGGCCAGUUGUCUUCGUCAUCUCGGCAUUACAACGCCAUCACAACAACUGCCCCACGAGGCUGUCCCGGCGAGCAUGCACGGCUCCUUGGCGGAUCCAAGCUUCUACCAGCCUGGAGCGGUGGACUUACUUCUUGGUGCCAACGUCAUGCCCUAUCUGAUGAGAGAGGGCCUUCAGCAUAUCAACGGUCUCGUCGCCCAACGUACGUUGGUUGGAUGGAUAGUGUGGGGAGGUCUCCGGCAAUCUCAGCCGACCGACUCAUCUCAUUGCUUGACUCUGGCUGCUGAGGACAUCGAGCCAACAUGGCAGCAACAAUUAGCUUCUUUGCUUCAGAGGUUCUGGGCAACUGAAGAGCUCCCUCGCGCCGAGCGAAGUUCGCCCAUCGACAACUGGACCGAAAGUUUGUUCGCCCAACACCAGCGCAGUUCGACUGGUCGAUACACUGUUCGACUUCCAAUCCAGCCUGAUGCAGCUCAACGCUUGGGCUCCAGUGAAAGCUCGGUGCGAGCCUCUCUCGACGCCCUUCACCGACGGAUGACACGCUGUCCUCGUUUCGCCGACGAAUAUCGAUCAUUCAUGAAGACGUACAUCGAGCUGGGCCACAUGUCUGAAAUUCCGCGCCAUCAAAUUGAGUGCAGGCACCCGGCCUACUACAUCCCGCACCACGGGAUUUGGCAAGUCAGCGAUCAUGGACCCAGGCUACGGGUAGUCUUCGAUGCGUCUCGACCAACUUCGUCUGGUGUCAGCCUAAACGACGUGAUGUGUCGGGGCCCCAAGCUCCAGAGGGACAUUUGGCUAGUUCUUCUGCGCUGGCGACAACAUCGCAUUGCAUUUUGUACAGAUGUUCAGAUGAUGUACCGUCAAAUUCGCAUUGACGAGCGCGAUGUUGACUGGCAACGCACGCUGUGGAGUCCAUGCGCUGCUGAGCCAGCUCGACACUAUCGGCUUAAUACUGUCACAUAUGGCACGACUUGCGCACCCUACUUGGCUCUGCGCACCAUCCAGCAAUUGUGCACCGACGAGGGUGCUCAAUUCCCUGCGGCCCAGCAGGCGAUUUUGAACGACCGAUAUGUAGAUGACAUCCUGUCCGGAGGUCCAGAUCUGGUCACCGCAAGAGAGUUGCGCGACGAACUCAUCCAGCUCAUGAAGGCGGGCGGAUUCACGUUACGUAAGUGGGUCGCUAAUGAUCCACAUCUUCUCGAAGAGCUCGACGCCGACGACUGUUUGCGACCCUCUUGGGUGCUAUUCACCGACGAAGACCCGGUCAAGGAGCUUGGAGUCGCGUGGAAUCCGCAACGUGACACGCUCAGUCUUCGUCAUGCCACCUCCAAUCGGGAGCCACGCAGCAAGCGCGAGGUAUUGGCCGCUCUGGCUCGAAUUUACGAUCCAUGUGGAUGGGUAGCGCCUGCGACUCUUCUCGCAAAAAUGUUGGUACAAGACUUAUGGCGAGCUCACCUGGACUGGGAUGAUGAGCUGCCCGACAACGCGAUCCGCGAGUGGACAGCUAUUCGCCAGGGCCUCGACAGACUGCCAGAAGUCUCAAUCCCACGCUGGACACAACUGACGCCUACGUCGACGGGUGCCACCAUUCACGUCUUCGCGGAUGCCAGUCGACGAGCUAUGGCCGCCGUUGCUUAUUUGCGACAUCAACUCGACGAUCGCGUCCAACUGAGUCUUCUAGUCUCAAGGACCAAGCUUGCGUCGAUCAGGAGUCUGAAGGACGACCCACGCAAGGAACCACGUAUGACCAUUCCCCGACUAGAGCUCCGUGCCGCUUACCUCGCCGUCCGGUUGUUGCACUCCAUUUGCUCAGAGCUGCCCAUGCGCAUCGAGAACUGUGUCGCGUGGACCGACUCACGCAUCGCUCUCCAUUGGAUCCGAUCCACCGAGCCGACCGGUAACUCGCUGGUAGACGGCUAUGUGCAGCAAAUUCAAGAACUCGCUCCGAUCGACAUCUGGCGACACGUCCCUUCUGCACAGAAUCCUGCCGACGUGGCCUCAAGAGGGGCUAGUGUGCCACAACUUCUUGAACACGACAUGUGGUUUACCGGCCCUCCAUGGCUGUCAAACCCACCUGAAGCGUGGCCGUCAACUCAUGGCUCGCUCGACGGCGUGGCCCUCGGCGGCCAGGCCAUAUGUCUUCAUGUAGCAGCCCAGGAAGUUCCAGCCGAUGAUUACAUCACUCGGUUCUCCGAUCUCGGCCGACUGUUACGAUUCUUGGCCCGCCUACGACGAUGGAUUCGAUGCAAGCUCCAUCGCCAACCGACACCUGCGGUCCUCAGUCCAAUGAGCCACGCUGAGCUUAACGGAGCUUUCAAGGCAUGUGUUCGACUCAGUCAGAGUCAGAGCUUUGAACGUGAGAUUACUAUCCUUCGGGCGGGACUCGCUGUGCCAGUUCGGAGUCCGCUGGCCUCACUCGACCCGUUCAUUUGCUCUGACGGACUUCUUCGAGUCGGCGGGCGGCUCCACCAGUCGCAGCUAGCUUUCGAUCGCAAGCACCCACCAAUCGUGGACGGCUCCAAUGCCUUGGCUGCAUUGAUCAUUGGAUGGGCUCACCUUCAGACCUUACACGGGGGAUUCCGGGCCACGUAUGUCCAAGUGUUGCAGAGAGUCUGGUUGAUCAACGGCAAGCGGGCGAUUCGUCGUCACAUUCAUCACUGCGUCAUCUGUAUCGCGUCACGAGCGAGACCCAUGGCUCAAAUCAUGGCCCCUCUCCCAUCACAGCGCGUGACGCCUUGUCGCGCAUUUGCUCGCACGGGACUCGACUACGCCGGUCCAUUUCAAGUCUGGUCGUCACGAGGACGUGGUGUUCGCGCCACCAAGGCAUGGGUCGCUGUGUUCGUGUGCAUGACCACGAAGGCAGUUCACCUUGAACUGGCAGGGGACCUCUCCACUGCCAGCCUCCUUGGAGCUCUCACGAGAUUCAGUGGGCGACGAGGCCGGCCGUCUGAAAUAUGGAGCGACAAUGCCACCCAUUUCCAUCGGGCUGACCUCGAGAUCCGCGAAGCACUGAACAACCCGAGACUCAACUGGACCACCGUAUCCGACCGUCUCACUGAGCAAGGCAUCAAGUGGAGCUUCAUUCCACCCAGUGCUCCGCAUUUCGGCGGCUUGUGGGAGGCCGCGGUCAAAUCGUUCAAGGCCCACCUGAAACGAACCCUUGGCCCGCGACGAGUCACGUUCGAGGAGAUGAGCACUCUCUUGGUGAGCAUCGAGGCUGUGCUCAAUAGUCGACCAUUAUGCCCCGUUACCAACGAGGCUGACGAUCUGCACGUCCUGACUCCUGGACACUUUCUCGUCGGGACUCCAUUGCUCGCUCUUCCAGAGCAAGAUGUUGACAUCGGCGCCAUCGACCAUCUCCACCAUUGGCAACUCAUCCAAGCGUUGCGAGCUGUCUUUUGGAAAAAAUGGAGCCGCGAAUAUCUCAAUACGCUACAACAACGCACCAAGUGGACUCGACGCAGUAACUCGCUUGCCAUCGGAGAUAUGGUGCUGCUCAUGGACCCUUCUCUUCUCCGGCCCUCAGGACGUUGGCCUCUCGGCCGAGUCAUCGAGGUUCACCAAGGUCGAGAUGGGCUGGUUCGCUCGGCAGUCAUCAAGACGGCUCACGGAGUCUACACGCGCCCAAUCGUUAGGCUUGUUCUUCUGCCCAUCAAGGCCGAGUCUGCACGCCGCCCUGACCACGACGAUGACGUCCCCUUGCAUGGCGGGCGGCCCGUGUAA